AUGGAUAUUAAUAAUAUCUUCAACAUCGGUCUUCGAAAUGGUAGACCAAUUGACAAAACAAAUCUGGAGGAACAGGAUCACCGUGACAACCAGGAUUUAGGUUUAGAGACAGCACCCGGUAUCUCUUCUAGUAACUAUGGUGAUGGGGGUCUGCGGAAGAAAGAAGCGAAAGGCAGCGACAUGGACUGUCGCAUGGUUACUAUUACACAAGGAUCUCAUAUGCUUCAGGAUGAGAUUCGGCUUCACGAAGCAGCAAAGAAAAACAACCCUGCCACCAUAAAGAAAAUGCUCGAGGAGAAAGUCGAUGUUAAUUCCAAAAAUAAUCUUGAUCGGACACCGCUUAUGUGGGCCGCUGCAAAAGGUCACAAUGAGAUUGUGUCGAUUCUUCUUGCUGCAGGCGCUGACAUGGAGGCCGAGGACAAAUACGCCAUGCGUCCUAUGCUAUGGGCAGCUUGGUUUGGUCAUAAAGACACCGUCAGAUUGUUUAUAAACGCAGGUGCGGACGCCAACGGUUACAACAAGCUUGGCUUGAAUGUAAUACACUGCGCAGCCAGUGGAAACAAUGUGGAACUCAUGGAACUUCUACAUGAACAGCUCGAGUCAUUUGAUAUCAACAAGGUGGAAAAGAAUGAAAUGACGUGUUUACAUUUAGCAGCGGCAAAUGGUCACGUUGAAAUGAUUGAAAAACUAAUUGAGCUUAGAGUAGACGUGGAAGCGAAAGAUAAGUUGGGGCAAACUGCCCUUCAUACCGCAGCAAAGGUCGGUGCAGUGGCUGCUAUUGAGGAACUCCUAAAGACAUCCAUUAAGAAAGAUGAGCCUGAUUUGGAAGGAAAGACUGCAUUGCACCUCGCGGCAGAAUGUGGCGACUCACACGCUGUUGACGUACUCCUUGCUUCAAAGUUAAACCCAAAUUGCAUAACAUCUAAAAUGAUGACCCCACUCCACUUGGCAGCCAUGAAGGGCCAUACUGAUGUUUGCGCAGCUCUUCUCAAGCGUGGUGCUGAUGCAGAUGCCAAAAACUAUCAAGGAAACACUGCUUUGCACCUUGCUGUAGUUGCCAACUAUCCACUCGUCGUUCAGACCCUCAUUGAUGGUGGAUGCGGGUUAGAUCUGCUAAAUCACAGACAGCAAACGGCCCUGCAUAUUGGCACCGAGAGUGGAUUGUCUGACAUAGUUGAUGUUUUGCUUUCCUCAGGUGUUGACCUGUUUAUAAAGGACAAGACUGGAAAAACAGCACUCUAUAUUGCAGCCAGAGGGAGCUAUAUUAAGAUAGUUGAUAUGAUAAUUAAAGCUGAACGUGGGUUUUCUAAAAAGAAAAAAGAAUUGAUACAGAAUAUUAAUAAAGGAUUUCCCAGUCAACCAUCCACAUCUUCGAAAGAUAAUUCCAGACAAGUAACUCCCAGUAUUGAUGAAUUAUGCUCCACGAGUGAUACACCCAAAUCCUCAAGAAGUUCAGCAUUUAUCCCUCAACAAUCUACGCCAACAUUAAAACUUAAAAGAAACGUCAGCUUUGAUGAUCUUGAUAAGGACCCCGAUGAAAGAAGCAUUGCACUCAGUCGUAUCUCGCAUAACACGGAUGAUAUUGGCCAGGACAGUGUAGACGAAGCUUCCACAAAUGAAAAUAAGGACAUUCCUGCAAGUUCUGAAAGUGGAUCAUGCAGUCUAUAUUACACAUCAGACCAUAACCCAAAUGAAGGAAACAACGGAACAGAUAAAUCUAUAGAGACUAGUGAUAUCUCAAAUGAAAAUGAUAAAUCCAAUGAUGUAAUAUGUUCUGAGAUUGUGCCUGAGGAUACUUUUAAACAUGUUAGUGAUGAGAGACUGUGUAAUAAUAACAAAUCAGAAGCAGCUGAAUCCGUGCUUGGCUGCGAUUCUACUGAACCGACAACAGAAACAGCAGUAAGUGAUGACGGGUUGACUGAAUUUGAUUCUGCAAUAGACCCCAAUGAACAACCCAGUGACCAGGUCACUGACUAUAUCUCAGAGAAACACCAGUUACGUAAACAAUUUUCAACGUGCAAUCAUGCAUCAUUUCACUACAUGAACGAUGUUUUAUGGAAGCUGGCUAAGAAACAACUACGGAAAGAUGAAUGGAGAAAAUUGGGGUCAUACUGGGAAUUCACUGACACGCAGAUUCUGGCAAUACAACACCAGUAUACAGGAGAACAGAGCUGGAAGGAACAUGGAUACAGAUUAAUGCUAAUUUGGCUAUACGGUAUUCCACCCGAGGAAAAUCCAAUGAAGUAUCUAUAUGAAGGACUUUGUGCAAUUAAAAGAAAUGACAUUGCAGAGAUGAUACGAAGGAAAGCCAACGCAGAUGCAGCUAAGGUAGCGACUGGAUCAAAGUGUACUGUCAUGUAGAAUAUAACAGACCGUCUGGAGAAAUGGGAGAUGAUACUUGUUUUUGACUGAGCACUAUCAUGCAGGGUUUCAUUAUGAGUCAAUCAAGAUUGACGUUAAGACAUGUCUGAGGGCAUCGACUUAGAUUACUCUUAGUGCAGAUGUAUUGUCGUCGUGUAUCAGACACACUUUAACACGUCUGAUUCUAGAUCGCACGCUACAAGUAUGGUACACUCCUCGAUUGAGCAAGGUUG